AUGAAUGCUAUGAAUGCAUUAAUAAAGUCAAAAUGGGGAGUUUCUGCUGAUCCUACUGUUCAUAGACAUGAUCAUGGAUAUUUUGUGGUUAAUCUAGUUAAUAGGGGAGAUAAAGAUUCAAUCCUUUAUUCAGGCCCUCAUUUGUUCUAUGGAAAAACUAUGAUUAUCCAACAAUGGACAUCUAGUUUUGAUUUCCAUAAAGAAGUGCAGAAGGUGAUUCCAAUUUUGGUUAAGCUCCCUAAUUUACCUCUUAAUUGUUGGAGUGAAAAUUCUUUAAGCAAAAUAGGAAGUUUAUUAGGUGUGCCAAUUUAUGCGGAUGAUUGUACUACUAAAAUUUUAAGGGUGUCUUUUGCCAGGUUUUUAGUAGAGAUGGAUGUUAGUAAGGUUGUUCCUAAAGAAAUUCAGAUUGAAGAUCCAAAUGGUAGGAAAUUCACUCAGAAAGUUGUGAUUGAUUGGUUGCCUGCAUUUUGUAUAAAAUGUCAAUUUAUAGGGAACAAUUGUGAUGCUAAAACAGCUAGACCUCCUACAAAGCCAACGCAAAAGUGGGUUCUAAAGAAGAUUAUAGUUGUUAAUGAGCCCAAAGGAAAUGCUGCAACAGAAACUCAAGAUGAUCAUGUUACUGGUUCUCUUGUUAUGUCUGUAGAUUCUGGUUGUGUGGGGCCUUCCAACACAGUUGGUGAUCCUACCUUAGCAGCAAAGGUAAGUAAUGAGAUCACUUCAGUUAGUACUCAUGUGCAGCAGCAAAAUGUAGAAGAAGAGGAACCAUGGGAGGUUGUUACUCGAAAAUCUAAGGGUAAACAAGUUGCAUAUCAACUAAUGAGAGGAGUAAGUUAUAGCUUGUGGAACUCAACUCAUGACCUGGGGAGGCCUGGGGUGCUAAGAAACCCUAUUUAUCAUGAUGUUAUUCAGUUGUUUACGGUGUAUGGUUUACAUACCAUAGCAGAUAUGAGAGGCUUAUGGGCAGAAUUGGAGCAAUUAAUUGAUAGCUGCACUAGUCCCUUCAUUGUUAUAGGUGAUUUUAAUGUUGUGAAUCAUGCUAAUGAUAAAUACAAUGGGAAUGCUGUAAGUGAGGUAGAGACAAUUGAUUUCACAAUUUUCAUAGUUAGCUCAGCAAUGAUGGAAGCUCCAUGUGGUGGAAUCUUUUACUCUUGGUCUAACAAAGGUGUAGGUGAAUGUAGAAUAUCUAGUAGGAUAGACAAAUCAUUCAUUAAGGCUUCAAUGCUAGAUUUAUUCCCUGAUCUAAUGGUGAAGUAUUUACCUGGAGGUAUGUCAGAUCAUACUCCUUUAGUUGUCACAUUAGCUGAUGAGAAGCAGGAAGGUGAUAAGCCUGUCAAAUUCAAUAAUAUAUUAGCAUAUGACUGA